AUGGCCAUGAUCGUUCGUGACCCUCGCUUUUCCAUGUCUGCUGCUCCUUCUGCCUACGCUCAAAGCGCUGAACAACCCCCACGACGACAGCCACGCGUUUCCUUCGGGAAGCGCCUCAACCGCCAGAUUACCAACCUCUGGAAGUUGUUUACCAACACCCGUGGGCGACAGCGAGCCUCCGUUUAUUCCAGCCAAUUUGUCACACUUACCUCCAGGAGGAGGAGCACGAUCCCGACCCCAAUCGUCAGGCUUAACGCUUGA